CAAAGCAACAGAUGAAUGAAUAGCAAGAGGAAAGAAUUUGGAGGUCGCAGCAAGGAGGAGAGGCUGGUUAGUGUUCGCCCACGCCUAACGACCGCGGCUACAAAAGGGCUCAGACGGUGGUCCGUCAUCACAAGCACCGGCCAAGCAGAGCCCACAGUCACGCGACGAAGAACUGCGAAAAUGAAGACAAGCGUAUUGCUCGCGUUGCUAGCACUCUCCUGUGCGAUCUCAUUCGCCAGUACGUCAUACGUCUACGCCACCACAGGCCUGUACAGCCGGCCAUGCUACAUUUACGGAAGACUUGUGUCCUCGUAUUACUGCAAUCGGUAUAACAACUACCCGAGCUAUGGCUAUAGCUACUCUAGCUACGGUGGAUACCCUUUCCUUGGGGGUAUAGGCUACGGAGGUUACGGCGGCUACGGGGGCUACGGAGGUUACGGCGGCUACGGAGGCUACGGAGGUUACGGCGGCUACGGAGGCUACGGGGGCUACGGCGGCUACCGUCGCUACGGGGGCUACGGGGGCUACGGCAGAGGCUUCCGUGGAGGAUACCGUGGCGGAUACCGUGGAGGAUACCGUGGCGGAUACCGUGGAGGCGGAUACCGUGGAGGCGGAUACCGUGGAGGCUACCGUGGCGGACACCGUGGCGGAUACCGUGGCGGAUCCCGUGGCGGAUUCCGUGGGGGAAGCCGUGGACACCGUGGUUGAAUGUCACCAGCCGAUUGCCAUAUCUACACAGAGACACACACGUAUACGCCUAUAGCAUACCAGUCUUGGAUAGCACA